CGCAUCGGUGUUGGACCAGAGCGCUGCCAACUUGCAGCAGUACGUCGACGACCCGAUCCUCGUCGCCGCUGGGCCCAAGCCUGCCUGGGACCUCAUAUUUGGCCGCGCACUUUUGCUGUGGACCGCCCUCUGGCUGCAGCUGCGGUGCCAGGCCCGCCACGUCGUCCUCAUGGUCCUGGAGGCGCAGUGGCUGGAGGAGGAGUUGUCGUGCUGGGUCGAGACACUGAGCAAGUGA